UGAGCUGCUGUCCCGUAUGUUUGUCCUCAUCCGUUUUAUAGUUUUGUGUUCAGGAGGCCAGACGUGAACUCGACGGACGAACAGAGUAAUAGAUCAGAGACUUUACGGUGGAAACCAUGUUUAAACUUGCUCUAGUCGCUCUUGUGCUUCUCAGCGCCAGCUGUUUGGCCAAACAAUCUGAUCCUAAAGUGCAGGUGUACAGCCGUAACCCUGGAGAGUAUGGGAAGAAGAACGUGCUGAUCUGCUACGUCAGUGGCUUCCACCCCCCUGACAUCACCAUCAAGCUCAUGAAGAACGGGGUGGAGAUCCCGGACAGCCACCAGACCGACCUGGCCUUCGAGCAGGGCUGGCAGUUCCACCUGACCAAGUACGUGGACUUCACCCCCCAGGCGGGAGAGCAGUACACCUGUCGCGUCCGUCACAUGACCAGCCCAGAGAAAUCUUACACAUGGGAACCUGACAUGUGAACGUGCAACAAUUGCUGGAAAUAACAGUUUAUUCUCUUCGGCUUCUCUCCAUAAUGCCAAUCCUGCUUUGAUUUCGUUUACAAUUCAGGAGUGUCCAGCCUUCUCCAGGUUCAGGUGUUUUUUUAAUUGGAGCUGAACUCUUACUAGAUCCACAUCCUGAUAUCAGAUCUCAGCAUGUCUGUUUGGGACAGGGGUGUCUGGUCUGAUCCUGCUCUAGGAAGGCUGGUGUCCAGCUCUAAUCAAACACCCCUGGACCAGGACGGGACACCCCUGCUUUAGGAUAUGCUUCCUGUGUUGCAGACUGCAAUGUGUUUUCUUUUACGCAAAGACAAAUGUGUAUCUUUAUAUCUAAUUGAUUUGUAUUUUUAUUUUGGUGUGUAUCUGGACAUAAUUAGUAGGGUGCCUGUAGUAUAUAUAUAUAUAUAUAUCAGCAAUUAUCUAAAGCCUUGGGUGAGGAAUUUCUUGCUUUAAUUUAGUCUUUAUAACAUUAGCACUCAAUCAUCUUAAUGCCUUUUGUUCUGAAAUGUAUUGAAGAUUCAGGAAAGGAGUUUUAUUUUUUAACACUUUCAUUGGUGUAAUUCUUGCAUACACAUGUUUCCAGUGUUAAAUAGCCUAUAACUUCCAGAUUUGGUAAAGAUUCAUUUUCUCCAUAAAUAAAUCGGAGUUUCAUUGUAAAAAAAAAUCAGUUACAAAAGAUAGAAAAAUGUGAAAUGUAAGACAAAUUCUGUUUAUGAUGUAUGACCAUCACUGAUUCUAGGAGUCAUAAUGCCAUGUAAUUCGGAUCAAUAAAAUAUAAUUUCUUCUUAA